AUGGUUUGCUCAUCAUCCUCAGGCAGCGCCGAGUCUUCGCUCUACCAGCGUAGCCGCCCAAAUCAACUGCCAGCCUACGAGGGCCCCUCAUCCAGCAACAACUUCCAGGCCCCCUCCACAGCUCCAACGCAACGGCGUACAUUCGGGUUCGGGCUCGUUAGCCGAGCAGAUGGGCCGGUACGCCGAAGAGCCCCACCGGCGCCUCGACUCCUUUUCCCCGGGCCUAUCGAUGCUGCGCCGCUUGCCACGCCCGAGCUCAUCGAUAUCGCUCCGGAAUACUCGACGGUGCAGGAUGCCGACGAGCACAUCUACGAGACGCUCGAAGAAGUGAACGCCGAUCGCCAUCACAAGGAGAAAAAGUCGUACAAAGCGCACAAGAGAAGCAGUUCUCGCGGCCAUCCACAACUUUCAUCGCCCCAAUCAUCCCUCCAUUCCGAGCCGAGCACGAGAAAUCUACGCCAAGCCCCCCUCAGCCCCAACCAGCCGAGCAGUACAGGUGGUGUGUUCAUGCGGUCACCAGUAGUCCGCGUCCGGUCGACAGCCCCAUGCUUAUCUCCACCACCCUCGUCUUCCGGCGUCUCCUCAACCGCCACCUCGCCCUCAUCCACCGCCUCAUUCCGGCCCCGUUCCGGCCUAUUCUCAUCGGGUUCCCGGAAGGAAAAGAAGGAAAAGCCCGUCGAGCCCCAAGACAGCAAGCAGCCCAAAACUGACAAGCGCUCGUCGUUGUUCUUCGGCGCCCGUUCUGUGACCAUGGAUGUAUUGGCGGGAAGCGCGAUUCGCGAAGCACUAUCCAAGACGAAAAAGCAGGUGCCGCUGAAAGAAUCGAUCUCGGUGGAGUCGUUGGCCCGGGAGGAGGCCAAGCGGAAGAAGAAGCGGAAGGGCGAUGUUGAUGGCAAGGAGAAUGGGGGAGGAGGGCUCGUCCGCAAGGUGGCUUCGUCGUUCCGGUUGGGCAGGAAGGGCACCACCAGCCUCGCCCCAUCCCCGGCUCCUUCGCCACAACCCGAACGGCGGCAGGUGUUGAAAGCCUCCUGCGAAAAAGUGGUCACCGCGUUCACCUGGCUCCCAUCACGCUCGCCGAAAAGGAACGGCCGUGCCGCAUCGGCAGAAAUAUCGACCAUUUCCGCCGGCCGCCAACUGGGCGACGAAUGCGCCCGUGGGGGUGGACUGCCGCAUUUCCUCGCUCGAUGCGUGAAUUUCAUCGAAAAGGAGGGCGGUCUGCAAACCGAGGGCAUCUACCGGAUCCCGGGAAAUCAAUCCCAGUUGGCAGAGGUGGAGCGGCAGUUCGCAUCAAAUAGCGCCCCUGAUCUGUCGUCAAUCGAAUUGCCGUUGCAUGUGGUGGCCACGGCGCUGAAGAACUUCUUCUCCCAGCUCUCCGAGCCCGUGAUCCCCACCGUUUUCCACGACUCCAUUGCGGAGGCUGUGGCUGAGGAUCCCGCCGUUACGAUUGACGGCCUGUCCCAAGUGAUCGCCACCCUGCCCACCCCCAACGUUUCAACAUUAGCCUUUUUGCUGGGACAUUUGAGAAAAGUGGCAUCGGCGCCAGCCACCGCCAUGGAUUUCGCAAAUCUAUCAAAGGUUUGGUGGCCUACCCUCUUCCGCCCCGAAUUCACAUCGUUCGCCGCCAUGAGCACGGGCACGAAACGUCUUCAAACGGCCGCCGAGGCCCUCAUGCGUCACUCAGCAGUUCUCUUCCCUCAAAAG